UGUGUGGCGGCCGACUGGCCGGGAGGCGAGGAGAGCCCGGAGUUCUGACCCACGUGACCUGUGGGGGCGGGGGAGGGGGUUGCGCGCAGGCCUCCUGCGGUGCCUGUGCCUGGGCACCCUCCGGGGGAAGGGCCGCGGCCACCGGCCCGUAGCCCGGGUGGCUCCUGCUGCAGCUUCGCCGGGUGCGCCGCGCUCCCCAGACUCGCCGGCCCCCGCGAGAAAUGUUGCUGAAGUGCUGCUGAAAGGGCCAGAGACGCAAGGAUUUGGGACACAUUUUGAACCUUUAAGCUGUCUGACAUUGACCUCCUUUCGUUAUUAAUAAAGAAGAAGCAGGAGCUUAGGAUGUAUUAACACCAACUCAUUAAUAUACUAACCAGACAGUGUUCUGCAACAACUCUAUAUUGUAGAACUGGAUUGGCACAAAAUAAAAUAAUUUCUUAUUAUACCCAGCUUAUAAUAUGACUCGAUGGAGGAAAAUCUGAUAAGCAUGAGGGAAGACCAUUCUUUUCAUGUUCGUUACAGAAUGGAAGCUUCUUGCCUAGAACUGGCGUUGGAAGGGGAGCGUCUGUGUAAAUCAGGAGACUGCCGUGCUGGUGUGUCCUUCUUUGAAGCUGCAGUUCAAGUUGGAACUGAAGACCUAAAAACACUUAGUGCUAUUUACAGCCAGCUGGGCAAUGCUUAUUUCUAUUUGCAUGAUUAUGCCAAAGCAUUAGAAUACCAUCAUCAUGAUUUAACUCUUGCAAGGACUAUUGGAGACCAGUUGGGGGAAGCUAAAGCUAGUGGUAAUCUGGGAAACACCUUAAAGGUUCUUGGGAAUUUUGAUGAAGCUAUAGUUUGUUGUCAGCGACACCUAGAUAUUUCCAGAGAGCUUAACGACAAGGUGGGAGAAGCAAGAGCACUUUACAAUCUUGGAAAUGUGUAUCACGCCAAAGGGAAAAGUUUUGGCUGCCCUGGUCCUCAGGACGUAGGAGAAUUUCCAGAAGAAGUAAGAAACGCUCUGCAGGCAGCCGUGGAUUAUUAUGAGGAAAACCUAUCACUAGUGACUGCUUUGGGCGACCGAGCAGCCCAAGGACGUGCCUUUGGCAAUCUUGGAAACACGCAUUACCUCCUUGGCAACUUCAGGGAUGCAGUUAUAGCUCAUGAGCAGCGUCUCCUUAUUGCAAAAGAAUUUGGAGAUAAAGCAGCUGAAAGAAGAGCAUAUAGCAACCUUGGAAAUGCGUAUAUAUUUCUUGGUGAAUUUGAAACUGCCUCUGAAUACUAUAGAAAGACACUACUAUUGGCUCGACAGCUUAAAGACAGAGCUGUAGAAGCACAGUCUUGCUACAGUCUUGGAAACACAUAUACUUUACUUCAAGACUAUGAAAAGGCCAUUGAUUAUCAUCUAAAGCACUUAGCAAUUGCUCAAGAGCUAAAUGAUAGAAUUGGUGAAGGAAGAGCAUGUUGGAGCUUAGGAAAUGCAUACACAGCUCUAGGAAAUCAUGAUCAAGCAAUGCAUUUUGCUGAAAAGCACUUGGAAAUUUCAAGAGAGGUUGGGGAUAGAAGUGGUGAACUAACGGCACAACUCAAUCUGUCAGAUCUUCAAAUGGUUCUUGGUCUGAGCUACAGCACAAACAAUUCAAUGAUGUCUGAAAAUAUUGAAGUUGAUAACAGUUUGCAUGGUGCACGCCCCAAGUUUGGACGCCGACACAGUAUGGAAAACAUGGAACUUAUGAAGUUAACACCAGAAAAGGUACAAAACUGGAACAGUGAAAUUCUUGCUAAACAAAAACCUCUUAUUGCCAAACCUUCUGCAAAGCUCCUCUUUGUCAACAGAUUGAAGGGGAAAAAAUACAAAACUAAUUCCUCCACUAAAGUUCUCCAAGAUACCAGUAAUUCCAUCGAUCACCGAAUUUCAAAUUCUCAAAGGAAAAUCAGUGCAGAUACUAUUGGAGAUGAAGGGUUCUUUGACCUACUGAGCCGAUUUCAAAGCAAUCGGAUGGAUGAUCAGAGGUGCUGCUUAAAAGAACAGAACUCCGGAUCAGCUUCAACAGCAGCUUCUGCCACUCCCCCCAGAAUGAUGCUACAAACACCAUCUGUUUCCAUGGUGUCCCCCAACACAGAUGAGUUUUUAGACCUUCUUGCCAGCUCACAGAGCCGCCGUUUGGAUGAUCAGAGAGCCAGUUUCAGUAAUUUGCCCGGGCUCCGUCUGACACAAAACAACAGUCAGUCGGUACUUGGCCACCUGAUGCCUAAUGACAACAAAGAGGCUGAUGAAGACUUCUUUGACAUCCUUGUAAAAUGUCAAGGGACAUGGGUUCAAUCCCUGGUCCGGGAAGACCCCACAUGCCGCAGAGCAACUAAGCCCGUGCGCCACAACUACUGAGCCUGUGCUCUACAGCCCAUAAGCCACAACUACCGAGCACGCGCCACAGCUACUGAAGCCCGUGUACUGCAACUAGUAGCACAGCUACUAGAGCCUGUGUGCUGCAACUACUGAAGCCUGCGCACCUAGAACCCAUAGUCCUCAACAAGAGAAGCCACCACGAUGAGAAGCCCACGCACCACAACAAAGAGUUAGCCCCCGCUCGCCACAACUAGAGAAAGCCCGAUGCAGCAACGAAGACCUGACACAGCCAAAAAAAAAGACAAUCCAAUUCAAAAAUGGGCAAAGAGGCACAACACUGUAAACCAACUAUACUUCAAUUAAAACAAACAAAAAACAAAAAAUAGUUAGUUACCCUAUUAUCCUGCAAUUCCACUCCUGGGCAUAUAUCUGGAGAAAACUCUAAUUUGAAAAGAUACAUGCACCCCUACAUUCAUAGCAGCACCAUUUACAACAGCCAAGACAAGGAAAAAACCUAAAUGUCCAUUGACAGAUGAAUGGAUAAAGAAGAUGAUGUGGUACAUACAUACAAUGGAAUACUACUCAGCCAUAAAAAAGAAUGAAAUAAUGCCAUUUGAAGUAACAUGGAUGGACCUAGAGAUUAUCAUACGAAGUGAAGUAAGUCAGAGAAAGACAAAUACAAUAUGAUAUCACUUAUAUGUGGAAUCUAAAACGUGAUACAAAUGAACUUAUCUAUGAAACAGAAAGAGACUCACAGACAUAGAAAACAAACUUAUGGUUACCAAGGUGGGGAAAGGGGACAGGGGGAGGGAUAAAUUAGGAAUUUGGAAUUAACAUAUACACACUACUAUAUAUAAAAUAGAUAACCAACAAGGUUCUACUGUAUAGCACAGUGAACUGUAUUCAAUAUAUUGUAAUAAACCAUAAUGGAAAAAAAUAUGAAAAAGAAAAUAUGUGUAACUGAAUCACUUUGCUGUACACCAGAAACUAACACAACAUUGUAAAUCAACUUUACUUAAUUUAAAAAAAAAAGAAAUAGAGGGACUUCCUUGGUGGUCCAGUGGUUGAGAAUCUGCCUUCCAAUGCAGGGGAUGCAGGUUCGAUUCCUGGUCGGGGAACAAAGACGCCCCGUGCCAAGGGGCAACUAAGCCCACAUGCCAGAACUAGAGCGCCCACGUGCAACUACAGCACCCAUGCAACGCCACAACUAGAGAGAAGCCUGCACACUGCAACAAAAGAUCCUGCGUGCUGCAACUAAGACCUGACGCAGCCAAAAGAAUAAAUAAAUAAAUGAAUUAAUGAAUGAAAGAAAAAUAGAGCCAUUUAGCAGAGAUUGAGGUUGGAGCAUGGUAAUUAUGAAAAAAAGGGAAGUGGAGUAUAGUUGACUUGGAGAAACUAAAAGCAUGCUGACCAGGGAAAACAGGGUUGCUGAGCUAUGCUGAGAUUCACAGUCAUGGAACUAAGGCUGGUCAGUGCAGUUGUAUAUUUUUUCCAGUCAUAACCAGCUGCUUAAGGAGGCAGAGAGAGAGAUUUAAUCAAGCUUUGUAUUGCCAGAAGAAUAGGAUAGAGGGGGGGGAGAGCAAUGUCAGGAAGUGAUUUUAGUGACAGAUUUUGGAACCUGGACUGUGUCUAAGAAGGGAUGUAAGCAAAGGUGUGAAAGUGAAAAGUGGCAGGGGUCUCAGUGGAUUCAAGAAAUGCUGAAGUUACUUACCUAAUAACACACCAUCAACAUAUAUAAAGCAAAAAUUGACAGAACUGAAGGGAGAAAUGGAGUUUUUACAAUAAUAGUUGAAGCCUUCAAUCCCCACUCUCAUUAUUGGGUAAGACAACCAAGCAGAAGAUAAGGAAGAAAACAGAGGACAACAACACGAUAAACCAACUACAUCUAACAGAUUAGAAUAAUAUACAACAGAACAGAAUACACAUUCUUACAUGUAUAUGGGACACUCUCCAGGACAGACCAUACAUUAGGCCACAAAUUAAGUCUCAACAGAUAUCUUAAGAUAACAUACAAAGUAUCUUCUCCAACCAAAAUAGGGUAAGUUAGAAGCAACAGAAGGAAUAAUUGGAAAAUUCACAAAUUUGUAGAAGUUAAACCAGUGGGUCAAAGAAGAAAUUAAAAGGGAAAUUAGAAAAUACCUAGGGACUUCCCUAGUUAUCCAGUGGGUAAAACUCCACACUCCCAAUGCAGGGGGCCUGGGUUCGAUCUCUGAUAAGGGAACUAGAUCUGCCCAUGCAUGCCGCAACUAAAGAAGCCCACAUGCCGCAACUAAGUGUCCACGUGAUGCAACUAAGAAGUCCGCAUGCCACAACUAAGAGCCCACCAGCACACAACCUAGUGUCCACAUGAUACAACUUAAGAUCCCGUGUGCCGCAAGGAAGAUCCUGUGUGCCGCAACUAAGACACAGUGCAGCCUAAAUAAAUAAAUAUUUUUUAAAAAACACAAGAAACCUAGACACUAAUGAAAAUGAAAACACAAUUUACCAAAACUUAUGGGAUGCAGUGAAGGAGGUGCUCAGGAAAAUUUAUAGCUGUAAAUGCUUACAUUAAAAAAGAAAGAUAUCAGAUCAACAGCCUAACUUUACAACUUAAGGAACUAGAAAAAGAACAACAAACUAAACUUAAAACUAGCAGAAGGAAGGAAUAAUAAAGAUUAGAGCAGAGGCAGAUACAACAGAGAACAGGAAAAAAAUAGAGAAAAUCAACAAAAUCAAAAGUUGGUUCUUUGAAAAGAUUUAAAAAAUUGACAAACUUUUAGCUAUUCUAAGAAAAAGAGAAGGUUCAAAUUACUAAAAUUAGAAAUGAAAGCAGGGACAUUACUACUGAUUCUACAGAAAUAAAAAUAAUUAUAGGAGAAUGCUAUGAAUGACUGUAUGCCAACAAGCUGGAUAAUCUAGAUGAAAUGGGCAAAUAACUAGAAACACAAAACCAAGACUGAACCAUGAAGAAAUAGAAAAUAGAUCCAUAAUUCAUAAGGAGAUUGUAUCAGUAAUUAAAAACCUCCUGACAAAAGAAAAGCCCUGGACUUGAUGGCUUCACGGGUGAAUUCUACCAAAUAUUUAAAGAACACCAAUUCCAAAAAUUGUAAAAAAGGGAACAUUUCCUAUUCCGAAGUAAUUCUAUGACGCAAAUAUUGCCCUGAUACCAAAGCCAGUUAAGACUUUAUAAGAAAACUAUAGACCAAUAUCCUUUUUGAAUAUAGAUGCAAAAAUUAGCAACAAAAUACUAGCAACCAGAAGCCAGUGGCAUAUUAAAAGGAUUAUAUGCCAUAACCUGAUGGGAUUUAUUCCUGGAAUGCAAAGAUGGUUCAACAUAUGGAAAUCAAUCAAUGUAAUAUACCACAUUAAUAGAAUGAAGGAAGAAAACACAGUCAUCUCAGUUGAUGCAGAAAAGUCACUUGACAAAAUUCAACACAUCUUCAUGAUAAAAAAAACAAACUAGGAAUAGUAGGAAACUACCAUGACAUAAUAAAAAUCAUUUAUGAACCACACACACAGCUAUCAUCAUACUCAGUGGUAAAAGACUGAAAGCUUUUAAGAUCAGGAACAAGACAUGGAUGCCCACUUUGCCACUUAUAUUCAACAUAGUACUGGAAGUUCUAGCCAGUUAGGCAACGAAAAGAAACAGAGGCAGCCAAAUGGGAAAAGAAGUAAAAUGAUCUGUUUGGAGAUGACAGGGUCUUAUAUGUAGAAAAUCCUAAAGAUUUCACCAAAAAACUAUUAGAACUAAGAAGGAAAGUUACAAGAUCAACAUCCAAAAUCAGUUGCGUUUCUAUACACUAAUAAUGAACAGUCCAAAAAGGAAAUUAAGAAAAUAAUUCCACUUAAAAUAGCAUCAAAGAGAAUAAAAUACUUCGGAAUUAACCAAGAAGGUGAAAGACUUGUACAGUGAAAACUACAAAAUAUUUCUGAAAGAAAUUAAAUAUGACAUAAGUCCCUCCCACUGGAAGACUUAAGCUUGUUAAAAAGUCAAUACAGUUUUGACACCUGACAUAAUCCCAUCCACUCCUCAUUUGUGGGAUAGUGUGAAGGAAUGGUCAGACCAGUAUACCGGUCUGACAAUUAUUUAAUAAAGUGAAAAAAUUUUUUAAAAAGUCAGUACCACCCAGCGUCUGAUCUACAUAUUUAAUGCAAUCCCUAUCAAAAAUUUUUUACAAAAAUUUAAAAAUCCAUCCUAAAAUUCAUAUGGAAUCUCAAGGAAACCCAAAUAGCCAAAACAAUCUUGAACAAGAACAAAGUUGGAGGACUCACACUUCCUGAUUUCAAAAUUAUCACAAAGCUACAGUAAUCAAAACAGUGUGAUACCAGCAUAAUGAGACCCAAUGGAAUUGAACAGACAGCCCAGAAAUAAACACUCUCAUAUACUGUCAAACAAUUUUCAACAAGGGUGACUAGACCAUUCAGUGUGGAAGGAAGUCUUAUCAACAGUUGAUGCUGGGAAAACAGGAUAUCCACAUACAAAAGAAUUAAGUUGGACCUUUACCUAAUACCAUAUACAAAAAUUAACUCAAAGUGGAUCAAAGACCUAACUAUAUGCACUAAAAAACUAUAAAGCUCUUAGAAGAAAACGUAAGGGGAAAGCUUCAUGACUUUGGAUUUGGCUAUGGUUUCUGGGUUACGACACCAAAGGCAUAGGCAACAAAAGAAAAAAAAGACCAACUGGACUUCAUGAAAACUUAAAACUUCUAU